CCCCCACCUCCCGUACCUCGCCACCCCCUCCGCUGCUCAGCACCUGCCACCUCGCGCUCGCGGACCAUUUACUCUCCGCACGCAGCAACAGAGCACAGCUCUAACAUAGUGACCAGUCACACUUGGGCACGGCCAUCACGUGCACCUGCAGGCACACGCAGACUACGGUGAACGGCCUCUUCUUACCUGCGCACUCUUUUCCUCCUUGGGCAUCCAGAGAUCAUCGAGGGAUGGGGGAGAACGUCGUGGGCACGUACUACUACCAGACGGCGGCGGCGGCGGCGGUGGCCAUGGAGGUGUGCGCCGCGGAGCUCGGCCAGGGCGCGGGCGGCAGGUGCUUCGAUGACGACGGCCGCCCAAAGCGCACCGGGACGAUGUGGACGGCGAGCGCGCACAUCAUCACGGCGGUGAUCGGGUCCGGGGUCCUGUCGCUGGGGUGGGCCAUCGCGCAGCUCGGCUGGGUAGCCGGCCCCGCCGUCAUGCUGCUCUUCUCGCUAGUCACCUACUACACCUCCGCGCUGCUCGCCGACUGCUACCGCUCCGGCGACCCGGCGUCCGGCAAGCGCAACUACACCUACAUGGACGCCGUCAACACCAACAUCAGUGGCAUCAAAGUCCAGAUCUGCGGGUUCCUGCAGUACACCAACAUCGUCGGGGUGGCCAUCGGGUACACCAUCGCCGCCUCCAUCAGCAUGCUGGCGAUCAGGAGGGCCAACUGCUUCCACCAGAAGGGGCACGGCAACCCCUGCAGCAUCUCCAGCACGCCCUACAUGAUCAUAUUCGGCGUGGCCCAGAUCUUCUUCUCGCAGAUCCCCGACUUUGAUCAGAUCUCCUGGCUCUCAAUCCUCGCCGCCGUCAUGUCCUUCACCUACUCAUCCAUCGGCCUCGGCCUCGGCAUCGUCCAAGUCAUCGCGAACAAAGGUGUUCAGGGCAGCCUGACCGGCAUCAGCAUCGGCGUGGUGACCCCGAUGGACAAGGUGUGGCGCAGCAUGCAGGCGUUCGGCGACAUCGCCUUCGCCUACUCCUACUCCCUCAUUCUCAUCGAGAUCCAGGACACCAUCCGGGCGCCGCCGCCGUCGGAGUCCACGGUGAUGAAGCGCGCCACUGUGGUCAGCGUCGCGGUGACCACGCUCUUCUACAUGCUCUGCGGCUGCAUGGGGUACGCGGCCUUCGGCGACGGCGCCCCCGGGAACCUACUCACCGGCUUCGGCUUCUACGAGCCCUUUUGGCUCCUCGACGUCGCCAACGCCGCCAUCGUCGUCCACCUCGUCGGCGCCUACCAGGUGUACUGCCAGCCGCUCUUCGCCUUCGUCGAGAAGUGGGCCGCGCACCGGUGGCCGGACUCGGCGUACAUCACUGGGGAGGUCGAGGUCCCGCUGUUUCCGGGAGCGAUGAGGCGGUACAGGGUGAACCUGUUCCGGGCGACGUGGCGGACGGCGUUCGUGGUGGCGACGACGGUGGUGUCCAUGCUGCUGCCCUUCUUCAACGACGUGGUGGGUUUCCUGGGCGCGCUCGGGUUCUGGCCGCUGACCGUCUACUUCCCCGUGGAGAUGUACGUGGUGCAAAAGAAGGUGCCGAGGUGGAGCACCCGGUGGGUGUGCCUGCAGAUGCUUAGCCUCGGUUGCCUCGUCAUCUCCGUCGCCGCCGCGGCCGGGUCCAUCGCCGGCAUCGCGUCCGACCUCAAGGUGUACCGCCCAUUCAAGACAUACUAAUUGCCAGUGUCCGACCAUGUACGCACUACACCUUCAAAGUUCACACGACCGAAAACCCCCCAACAAAGAGAGAAGGAAUAGUGACACGCUAGAGAAGUGUCAGUGUGUCGAGCUGUUACUGGGCUGUAAACUAAUCUUACAUUCUAAGCCAUCUUUGUUAAAGGGAUAAAUGGGAGUAACUGCACAUAUCGAAGUGUCUUAUCCGAGAAAUGAGUCACGCGGAUGAGUGAUGAAGGUACAACGUACACCAAACCCAGCUAACUUUGUCGCGAAACUUCAGCGUUGUUUUCAGAAGUGAUUGAAGAGCCGUCGAUUCCUGGUUCCUGAAAGGCACGGAAAGCCAGGGAAGAUUCCUCUGUCUGUAAGGCUCCGUUUGGCAGUGAGAAACACUU